CACAGGAGGCUGCAGGAAAUGGGAACCCGGAAGAGUUUUUACACCACGUUGCAGUGAAUCAUUUGAUGAGGGGCACACAUGGGAGGGCUGGGAGGUUUGGAAAGGGACAGGAAUCUUAUUGGAUGCUCCAGUGUUGGUGCCUACAGCGGAUUGUCACGUUGGAUGAAGCGCAGUUACGCUGACAAGUUAUCAACGGUAUUAUCAACGGAGUCUGAGGCCGGGGAGGAGGCAGCACAGCACCCACAGGCUUCUCCUUCACCCAGGCAUGAGAGUGGUGCAGAUGACUCGCCACCUCGAGGAGACAUGGAAGACAUCCCUGUACCAUCAUCCCCUGAAGAAGACCCUGCUGCAGAAGAGAUCCCUGCAGCAGCCCCUCAUCCACCAGCAGCCCCUCGUGCACCAGCAGCCCGCUGUGCACAUACAUACCCCCAGAGAUAACAGAGGUGCAGAUCUUGACUGAUUUCCUCGAGGAGAUGCGUGCCUCCCACAGGGAACAGGUGGAAAGCAGAGUGUACCUGACAGGAGUACUGAAUGAUAUUCACGAAGGCCAAAGAGAGAUUUUGAAUACUUUUAACAAUAUUUUGCCGGUCCUCCGGAAGGCGCAAAAUGCACCAUCUGCUCCUGGACCAUCUGCUCCUGCACCAUCUGAUCCUGGGCAUCCUCCAUCUUUUCCUCUGCCUCAAUCUCCUCCUCAGCCUGGUGUUCCCUUAACCACUCACAGUACUCCUCCUCCCCCUCUUCCCCAAACUUCUCCUAUGAGAACUCGUCGGAGCGGGCAGUUGCCCCCCCCAGAGCCUCAGUCUCAUGGGAAGAGGGAUAGGAAGAGGAAGUUUUUUUUUAUAUAUAUUUUUAUUUAUUUAAUGUGUAAAGGAUAGGUAUGUGAUGAUGUGGUCUUCUUACACUUGUGGAGCACAAGGCUUCUAUGGGACAUGGAAGGCAGAUUGUUUGCAGAGUGUGUUUUACUAGUGUGUGGAGACCACAUCAUCACAUGCUGUCCUUUUGAUUACAUUGGUUGGUUUUUGCAAUGUGAUGUCCAAACUGUUCUCCUAAUCUCAAAAAAAAUUGCCAUUACAAUUAUACAUGAUGGCAUAUCACUGUUUUGAUGCCAACAACACAGCUUAAAGGGUCAGUCAUAACAUGAAUUAUUGUUGGUUACAAAGCAAACACUUUAUUAUUAUGCAUUAUCAAGUUUGGAAUAACAAGACUGUUAUAGAAAUACACGUUUUACUUCUGUGAUUAACCUUGUAUCUAUGCCUCGGCAAAAUGACCCCUUAUUUCUAUUUUUUUGACAGAUCUGCAUUUCAGCCAAUCACUGAUCACUCCAGGAUAACUAUACUUCAUGAGCUCAAUGUUUUCUAUAUGAAACACAUUAACUAAUGCCCUCUAGUGGUCAAAAUGCAUUCAGAUUAGAUGCACUCUUUAAGGUCUAAGAAAUGAGCAGAUGAACCUCCUAGGUUUAUCUUUCAAAUAAGAACAACAAGUGAACAAAGAUAAAUUGGGGAUAAACGUUUAAGAGAAAUUUGAAGAAAAUUUCAUUUUUUAAUAUUUAAAUCAUUAAUGUUUUGCUUGACUUGACUGUCCCUUUAAACAAGAACAUAUGCUAACAUAUACUAAUCUUUAGGGCUUGUUGGUAUAUCUACACAUACUUGUAAAAACAAGAAAAUAUUUGAAUAGGAUACUAAGCCUGUAUGCCAUAUUUCUCUUGACAUGUUAAAUAAAGUCUAUUUUUUUAAAGCUA